CGAAGCAACCGGCUUUAAAUGCGUUUUGUACUAGAUUUUUUAUUGUUAUUUCUUUGGAUACCAUUGUGUGUGUGUACCUUUUGGUGUAAUUAAAAGUGCGUUCUCCUUGUGUUUCUAUGCACAGUAACUACGAAUUUUGCCGUACUGCCGCUAUGGAGCAUUUGAUAGAGAGUGUGCGCAAACACCCUUGUUUAUGGAACAGUGAAGUACCGGUAUACAAAAACAACGAGCUAAAGGAACGUGCGUGGUGUGAAGUAGUAAAAGAAUGUGCUUUAUUUGAUGGUAGAGAAGCCAGAAGUUUAUGGAAGAACUUAAGAGAUGGACAUCGACAGGCAAUCGCAAGAAAGAAAACGGCUGGUUCAAUGACUAAAUGGAGAUACGAAGAUCAGAUGGAAUUUCUGCUUCCAACAAUGGCCCUCCGCUCUUUAAAAAGACCUAGAUUGAGGAGUCCAGAGUCACGUAGGCGGGCAUACCUGAGAGAAGACACAAGCAGUAUACAAAGUGAGGAUUCUUUUGGCGGAGAACCACAAAAUGAAGAUACUGAUAAUGAACGUGCAUACGCAUCUGAAUUUGUAGCGAUAGAAUAUGAACAAGAAAAGGUAGAAAUUAAAACAGAGAGAGAAUCUCCUGAACAAGAAACUUUUCCAAAACCAAUAAUAGCAUCUACUUCUUCGUUUAGUGACGUAAAUCAUCAACACAUAGAGCCUACGUCUACCUUUGCUACUACUACGGUGGCUGCUCAUCAAAACAAAGCUCUGGAAAAGUUUUUCAUGAGUAUGUUUGAAACAACCAAUAAUUUACCAGAAAUACUGCAACACCGAGUGCAACGACAAGUUUUUCAAAUUGUUAUGGAUGCACAAGAAGAACAUUUAACAGCAAAAACUGCAAGAUUAUCUACACCAUAAUCAACAAAACCAUGACCGUCGUCGAUAAUUUUUGUUGGUGGUAUAGUCUUGUAUUAUCCAU